GGUCCAUUGGGACUUAUGAAAAAUGCCAUUACUAUGUCUGAGGAUGAACAAUGGAAGAGAGUACGAACAUUGCUGUCUCCAGCCUUCAGCAGUGGAAAACUCAAGGAGAUGUUCCCCAUCAUUGGCCAGUAUGGAGAUGUGUUGGUGAGGAACCUGAGGAAGGAGGCAGAGAAAGGCAACCCUGUCACCUUGAAGGACAUUUUGGGAGCUUACAGCAUGGAUGUGACUACAAGCACAUUGUUCGGAGUGAACAUUGAUUCCCUCAACAACCCACGAGAUCCCUUUGUGGAAAAUACCAAGAAGCUCUUAAAAUUUGAAUUUGCUGAUCCGUUUUUAUUAGCCUUAGUACUCUUCCCAUUCCUUACCCCAGUUUUUGAAAUAUUAAAUAUCUGGCUGUUUCCAAAAAGGGUUACUGAUUUUUUUACAGAAUCUGUAAAAAGGAUGAAGGAAAGUCGCCUCAAAGAUAAACAAAAGCACCGAGUGGAUUUGCUUCAGCUGAUGAUUAACUCCCAGAAUUCCAAAGAAAUGGACACCCAUAAUGCUCUGUCUGAUCAGGAACUAGUGGCUCAAUCUCUUAUCUUUAUUUUUGCUGGCUAUGAGCCGACUAGCACUUCUCUCUCCUUCCUUGUGUAUGAAUUGGCCACUCACCCUGAUGUCCAGCAGAAACUGCAGGAGGAAAUUGAUGUGACUUUUCCCAACAAGGAACCUCCCACUUACGAUGGACUUGUACAGAUGGAGUAUCUUGAUAUGGUGUUGAAUGAAGCUCUCAGAUUAUACCCAAUCACUGGUAGACUUGAGAGGGUCUGUAAGAAAGAUGUAGAAAUCAGUGGUGUGUUCAUUCCUAAAGGGACAUUGGUGAUGGUGCCAACAUUUAUUCUUCACCGAGACCUGGAUCUCUGGCCAGAGCCUGAGGAGUUCCAUCCUGAAAGGUUCAGCAAGAAGAACAAGGACAGCAUAAAUCCUUAUAUAUACAUGCCUUUUGGAACUGGACCCCGAAACUGCAUUGGCAUGAGGUUCGCGAUCAUGAACAUGAAACUUGCUGUUGUCAGACUCCUGCAGAACUUCUCCUUCAAGCCUUGUAAAGAAACACAGAUCCCCCUCAAAUUAAGUGCUCAAGGGUUUAUUCUACCAGAAAAACCCAUUAUUCUCAAGGUUGAGCCAAGAGAUGAAACUGUGAGUAGAGCCUGACUCUCUAAGGACUUUCCUUUUGUUCUUCAAGAAGCUGUGUCCCAGAACACCAAAGACUUCAAUUUACUUUGUGAGUUCAACCCAGAAAUGAAGGUGGGUUUCAUGUACCACCUGUGAUGGAUGACUAGAGAUUCUGUAGCUUUCUCAGUGUCUGUGUGGAGCAUUAUAUAUUGUGGAAAGCAAAGGAGGUGACUAAUAAGUGCCAUACAUGUAGACUCAGUCUAUAUUGUUCCCAUAGACCACCCCCAGUUAGUACCAUCUAACUCCCCUGAGCACUAAUCAAGAAUAAAAAUUUCUUAACAAUUUUAUCAACAAACUUUCAUGAAA